UAGCUUCAGUGUCAGGGGGUUAGGUCUAUUUCUAAAGAAAGGACGCAGAUUAUUUAAAAGUAAUUUUUUAACCGAAUCCUUUGUUGCAACAGCACAACAUGGAUGACGCAGAGCUGGGACCAUCGACUUCCUGUACCUAUCCCCAUGUUUUGUUUAUGGUCCAGAAAGACAGAAGAGUCAGUCAUGAUAGUGAAACUGAUGAUUACUGCUCUGAUGAAGGAAUGACUUUCUCAGCUUUACCUAUGCCAGCUAAUGGUUUAAGCAGUGAAUUAAUAGAAAACCAAUAUUUAUCUGUAGAUAUUGUCAGUCGAACUGUGUGUCGGGGAAGUCUCAAGAAUCAAGGAUUUAUUCAGGAGAAAAAAGAAAAAAUACAUAAUAUUUUGAGUGUACCAAUGGAGAUUCUUGAAACUAUAUUCAGUUUUUUGUCUUUCGAAACAGUUGGAAAAAUUCGACUGGUCUGUCAUCAGUUCAACAGCAUAUGCUCUAAUAUACUCAAUAAGCAAUUUCGUCAACUGCAGAACUUAAUGCAACAACGAUUCCAAAAAAUAAAGGCUCAAAUGCCACGUCGUGAAUCAGCUCGUAGGAAGCAUCCUCUUGCACGGGAAAGUGACAUUAUUGAAACUCUUCACAUGCGUCUUUCACUUCUGCAGAUGACAUUUGGAAAACAUAUCGAAAGAAAACAUUGCUGUUUUUUUCCAGGAGAGAUACUGGAUGAAGUUUUUCACAUACUCCGAUACCUCAAGACUACAUCGAACAUUAGCCGGGCUUACAAAGUCACAGAUGAACUUUUUGAUUUAUCAACCAUGGCUAUGGAAUAUUUCAAAGAAAAGAUUGAACCAACUUUGCCAGAAAUCACUUGUUUUGCCACUGAUUUUCUUGACUACAUGCCAUCAUUUUCAUCCUCUCCAAAGACUCAGUUAUCUCUAAUGGAAGAACCACCUGGCAGUAAGACCUGCACUUCCACUAAGAACAGUUCAUUACCUGUGGAAUGUGUGCCACCACCUAGGGACUUACAUCCCAGUUUCAAAAAACGACUACGGAAACUAAGAGAGAAUAUGAAAAAAAACAAUGGACAAGUCCUGACACUGAAGAGAGACUUGAAACAAACACGCCAGAAUGUGUCCAAACAACAAAAACAACUUCAAGAGUUUAAAGCACAGCUGGAUGAUUAUAACCGCAAAUUUCACACCACGUCCCGAAAGCUGAAUGCUGUACUUCAGGAGCUGAAUCGCUGUAAGACAGAGCUUCAGUAUUGGCGUUCUAAAUCUCCUGCAGCACAGUGUUCAUGUGGGAAGAUCACUCCAAUUUCAGAGCUCAAAGAUCAAGAAAAUGGGUUCUCAACAGAGGACAUUCAAUUUCAGGACUCAUUACCAUUAGAUUUUAAAGAGUUCACACCCAUUGUAAUGCAGCAGACAGAUAUGGUAUCUUUGAGGGAUGAAAGUUGUCCAUUGGUUAUUCCAGCCUGCCAUACUACUCCCGUAGAGAAUAUGAGCUCUCCAACUCGUUCCUCACCACCUAAAAGUUUUCCUCAAAAAGAAGACUAUUCUAAAACUUUCUCACCAUUGAAUGAAGAUUACAUCCAACCUAUAUUUUUUCGUGCUUGCAGACGUAAACUGGAUAUGGAAGAUACAGUAAACAUCGUGUGCAAGGCUGCAAAGCACUCCAUAAAAGGGUCAGAUACAGAGGUGGAUUUUGAUGUAUCGGAGCUUAUUGGCUCAGAAAGUAGGUAAUUUUAAACAACAGUUAGGGAUUUAUAGUUCAGUUUAAUAAGAAAGCAGUUUUCUCUGUUUUCUUUCUAAUGUGUUAAAGAUCAAACUUAGAAUCUCUUAUUUGUCUUUAUUUAGUACAAACCUUGUUCUUGUUUUGUACAAACUGUUACAUUUAGGGAAGACUUUAAGUGUAAAUUUAUAUAAUUCAUUAGUGUUUCUUUUUUUAUAUUAAAAGUAGGAUAGAGACAAAAAAAACUUAAAAACUAGUGGAGAAUAGAUAUUUGUAUACUAGAAACAGAUGAAUUUACAAUUGAAAAUGUAUAAUUUAGCCCAUUUCCUGGCUUCAGCAUGUUUAAAAAAUGUGUUGUGUUGUAACAACAUAAACUGUGCAUUUUAGAAAUCAAUUUUAAUGCUUUAUUAAUCUCUUUGAAAUGAACAUUUUUACACAAUCUUUUAUAUAUCCUUAGCAGAUUAUAAAAUCUUUGUUUUCCUAUGAUCUUUGCAAACAUGGUAUAAAAAGGUACUUCAUUUUUUGAAAAGAUAAUUGGAAAACUGGAUAGUCGUGCAGAAAAUACUGGUUAAGAUUAUACUUACUUAUUCUGAAUGUGUCUUCUAUCCAUUUUAGUUCCAAUAUUUCUAAAACAGGUUUAACUUGUGACAAGCAACAUCAUGGUAAAGAAUUUGUAUCUAAUUCACUUUUGAAGUAGUGGUUUUUCUAAAGCUGAAUUGUUUUAAUAUUUUUGUUGAGAGACUUUAUAAAUUUAUGAAGAAAAAACUUGUGAACAGAGAGAUUUGGAAAAUUUAAGAAAAAGUUCCUUUUGUUUGUGAAGGAAUCUUUUAAUUAUUGCAAAUCUUAGUUUGAUUGAAAUACUUCAUGUUAAUCAGUUAAUAAACUUAAUAUUUUGUAGGUUAUCAAUUUUUAAAUGCAAGCAAAACAAGUAGUGAAGAAAGUGUCCCAAGUUAUAUCCUCUAAUGCAUGUUGUUUGGCAGUAUAUUGACUGAAUAUUUCUCAUAUUGUAUGUAGUACAAGUUAAUUCACAGGAAGUUUUUGGUAGUUGUAUUCUUUUGCAGGUAUUUAUAGCAUAACAUUGUUGUUAUAUUCUUGUGUUUCAACUUAUUGAUUAGGAAGAAAGUACAAUUUAAGACAUAAUUUUCUUACUUAACUAGUAACUACAUAGCUCUGUAUGGAGCAUGUAUUUAUGCAAGUUAUAGGAAAUUAUUAUGUACUUAUUCAAAUUUCAGGCAAUCUGUACUAAACAAUUCAUGGCAAUUUGAGAAAAUAAUCACAAAUUUAAAAUCAGACUAAUUAAUUAUAACACAAUUCAAACAUCAUUAGUGAAUCAAGUUUAAGUUGUAUAUAAAAAUUGCUCAUUAUUUGCCCCCUCUAUCAGCAGUUUUUGUAAACUGCAAGAGAAUGUGACCAAAACCUCUGUAUUUAUUAGUGCUUCUCAUUUCGGUUUGUAUCUUUCUCUAUUACAGCAAUGUAGCAUGUAAUGUUACAAUAAACACAAAUCUGAAACAUUGCACUAAUAGAUUUGACAUACUGAAGUUUGUGGUCCCAUUUCUCAUAACAAUUACUAGUCUUUCUAUGUAUUUAUAAAGAGCCCAGUUUAGUUAAUGCUAUGCCAUGUAAUUCAGUUAUUUACAACCUUGAUCUUCUGUACAAAGGGUCAAAAACUAGAAAUUGGUAAAGUCAGUGAAGUACCCUAAAGUUAUAGUUGUUAAUAUUAUGUGGAGAAGAUUAGGAUGUUUACAACAAAAUUUAAUAUUAUAACUCAACUAAAUAUGUUUUUAAAUUAAGUAGACCUUUGAUAACUCAAAAGAUGCAAGAUGUACAUUUUUUCUGCAGUGGGUUGUACUAUGUAUCUUUUGAUUCUUCUGAAAUGAAACUGCAAGUUUCUGUUUAAAUUCUAUGUUUUAAGAUAUUGAAGAUUGUAUAACAUUCAGCCAAAUUUUAGUUUAUACCAUGGUUGGGAUUUACUGGAAAUAUUAACCUUUUGUCUAGAAGAUAUAAGACCCGAAUUAUACUGUUGCAGUCAUUGGCAUUAGAAAAAUAUCAUAUGCAAAGUAAGUUUUUUUUUAAAUAAUCCCUUUCAAAGUAAGUUUUUUUUAUUCUGGGUUGUGAUAGGUAUAUCACAUUGUAUUACAUCAGCAAACAUAAGAAACUAAGUAUUUUUGUUUAGUUAAAAAAACAAAAGUUAAAUUUAGCAUGCUGGCUUUAUAUUAGUAUAAUGUAAUUGUUUGGUGCAAAUAUUGGGAUUGAUGAGGCAUUUAUAACUUAAAGUGCUUAGCACAUCAUCUUGUGCUUACCCUGGAUUGAUAUAUUGGAAAGUAUCGAAAGUCAACAAAUGGAGAUGAGGGAGUGCAUGAACUUUGAGUGUGAAAAUGUUAUGACAGAACUGUACAACUGAAUAUGAUACUUUGAAACAUGGAAUUGUAACGACAGAAAGUGCUUGUCGUAUAAGCAAGUUCUAAAAAUUUGUUUAAUUAAGGCUUAGUUUUUGCAUUCUUAGUAGUGGUAAUAUAUGUUUAUCAAAAAAUAUAUUUAACUUCUUGCAGAAAACAUUUAAUUUACUUUGUUGUCAUAUUGAACACUUGUGUACAAUGUACAUCUAUGCUAUAAAUAGAAGGCCCUAUUUAAUAUCUUUCUGUCUCUCAUGUGCUGCAGUGGUUUGAAUGUGGUUAAGUAGUGUAGGAUGUUGGUGUUUAAAUAGGUUAUUUUGUGUGACCUGAUGUGGUAUAUACACACAUUUUUGAAAACUAAAGUUACAAUUUCAAAACUGAUUUUUGAGAACAGUAAGUAUUACAUAGUAAAAAUGAAGUAACUGUUCUGUUUAAUGGAGAACAAUAUUUCUAUCUUACAUGGCUGUGACAUUUCUGAAUUGGAGCUUUAAUCCUCUGUAAAGUUGGAAAAUUGAUCUUUCUGAGAGGCAACUUGACUUGCACAACAAAACCACAUUACUAGAAACACUUAGACUACACACAUAGCUACUAAACAGACAAGGUGGUGUAAUAUUCAUUAAAAAAUUACAGACCUCAUUAGUAAUUUGUCACAUAAAAGUUUAAGAAUAGAUUGAAUUUUUACAUCUUUAUUAAAUUAAUGUGUACAGGGUACAAAAAGAAUGAUUUAUGUACAACUCAAUAAAAAAAAUUUGAAAAAGUCCCCAAACUUUGGUUAGUCUCAAAUGUGUAAUUUUGUUUGAAUUACUGUUAAAAAAUUAAAAAGUUAGUUUGGUAA